UGGGCAUAAUUAAUAUGUAUUAAUCAUUGUGAUAUUACUAAUUAUUAAUAAUGUAUUACACAAAUGUAUUUGCUACAGUUUAAAUAAUAUAGGUAUAUACGAAAUUUGAUAAUUUUAUUUUUGUGGAUUUUAAAUUUUUAUUGAACCUAUACCGACAAUCAUUAAUUUUUUUCUAUUCUUUUAUCUAUAAAUAUAUUUUUUAGUUUAAAUAGAAAGUGAUUAAUAUUUUGUUAAUGCAAAGAUAAUUAAGAUAAUUUUCCUUUGUUCUAUUUAGUAUUUUCUUGAAUGUUUCUAUAUAUCUUUGUUUAAAUAAGUUUGAAAAAGUAAUGUUAAACAGUAAUGGCUGUGGAAGUUAAUUUUAUUGACAGAAGACAAGCAUUUAUACGUUUUAAAAAUAAUACAUGUUAUAGUAUUGAAAUAAUAUGGAUUACUUUUGAUAAUAAAGAAAAUACUUAUGGUAUUUUAGCUCCAAACAAAUUUUUAGAUGUCAAUACAUAUUCUACACAUUCAUGGAUUUUCAGGUUUGGGUACACAUUUACCUAUUUAUAUUCUCAUAAAUUAUAAUAUUUAUUUAUAGGGAAUGCAUGUCAAAACUUCAAAUGGUAGUUGGCGGUAAAGAAGUAUUUAGUGCAAGGGCUUGGAUAACUGAAUAUAAACGCCUUGGAUUUAAACAUCCAAUAGAAAUACCAUUAAGAACAAUGAUUAUAAUUCAGAUGCCAGCUUUGGAUUUGCGACAAUUAUGCUUAUUAAAAUUAGCAAAUGAUUUGAAAACAAAAGAUGAUAUAAUGACAUUAGAAAUACCUAGAAUACUUCAAAAAGAGCUAAUACAAAUGAUUUUAAAUAAAGCAGAAAGUAAAUUUAAAUUAACUAACUCGUGAAGAAAUCUUUUAAACCUAAUUAGGUUACGUUAUUGUUAUAAUCAAAAAAAAUGUAUCAAAAUGUUAAUACAAUUCUUAAAAAAAAUUGUAUUUGUUGGUCUCUAAAUUCAGAAAUUUGAAAUUUUUAAUUAUAUUACUUUUAAGUAAGUUUGCUUUCAAUGUAUUUAAUUAAUUAAUAUUUAUUUGUAAGUCUAUAUAAUUCAUUAUUAACAAUAUAUUUAUUAGUAAAAUAUGAAUUUGUAUUCAUUAAAAAACAGCCAGAUAUUCACUAAAAAUGCUUAAAUUAUUCUAGUAUGAACAGAAAAAAACUAUCUGGAUUGAAAUGGUUAACUAUACUUGGAAUUUGUUUUAUAUUUUUUAAAAUCAUAUACAGAAUAAUUAUUUUAUUGUUAAACAAUCAUUAUUUCUCAAAGUAUAGCUUUUUUUUAAAAAAAAUAAAAACGUUUUGAAAAUUCUAGAAAUAAGCAGAUCUAAAAUGUUACAUCGCCAUUAUUCUUUAUUUUUUGGUGAACAGAUAUCAACUAUUAAUUUUCAAAUGGUAACCUACAUUUAAAGUUUAAUAAAUAAAUAGAGUAUUAGUUUAAAUAAACUUUGGUAUGGAUAUUUUUUAUUUCUGUCAAGCCAUUCAAAAGAUAUUCCACUUUCAUGUUUAGGUAGGAGGAGAGUCUGUAGUAGAGCACUUUUUAAAUGGCGUGCAUCAUGCAGCCACAAAUGAUACUCUAAUACUUUACUCUACAAAAACUUGUGGAAUAAUUCUUGAAUGGCUUGAUGGAAAUAAAAAAUGUCAAUACCAAAAUUUAUUUAAAUUAAUACUCUAUCUAAUUAUGAAACUUUAAAUAUAGGUUACCAUUUGAAAAUCAAAAGUUGAUAGUUUGUUUCACACUCAAAAUUAAUUGUGACAAAAAAAUUAUUUUUUGAAUGUCAAUAAUUUGCAAAAUUAUGAGUGAUCAGCAGUAAAAGAAUCACCUGUAUAGCAGCAUUGAAUCAUAUGUAACAAAAAGUGUCAAAAACACUUAUUUAUGCAGUAAAAGAUGAAAUAUACAUUCAAAAUGGUCAAAUGAUGAAAAAUAUGCACUACAAAUUAUUUAAUUUCUACAUAGGCCAUGAAAUAAAUGUUAUGCUAGUUUACCAUACAAUACGAUCAACUAGAAUAAAUAUACAAAUACAUACAUAUCUUUAGUCUAAAGAUAAUUUGGUGUAGUUUAUGUUUACACAUAAUAUAUACAAAGUGUUAAGAG